AUGGAGGUGCCAGGAUUGCCGCCGCCUGUGCCCUUCCCUCGAACUAUCCUUCAUCUCCCCCUUUGUACUACGGAUGCCGAGGACAAGCUCUCCUUGAAUGAGCCGUCGCCUGAAAUAGAGAAGGUCCAGGAGGAUAUAGAUUUGGAAGACGAUCCAUUUCUAGAUGAGGAGGAAGAGCAAAAUAGGGAAGAUGUGAUUUCCCCAGUAGUGGAGAAGGAAAAAAUGGCAGAGGAGGAGGAGAAGGCCGCGAAGGAGAGAAUGGCGCAGAGGCAACAGAUGGCGGUCGAAGAGCUGGUGCAGUCUGAGAGGAACUACCUCAAAAUGCUGCAGAUAAGCACAGUGACCAUCAGGAGCAACCUGCAGAAACUACAGCCUCCAUUGGCCAACUUGGACAGCAUGUUCCUUUACGUGGAGGACUUGAUGGAUGUGUCCCGUCGGUUCCUCAGUUUGCUUGAUCAGAAGCAGCUCCGAUCCGAAGAGCCACUCUUCUUGGAGGCAUUGUGUGACUCAUUCCUCAGCCUUUCGUCGGAAAUUGAGGCGGCUUACAAAGAGUACCUGGCCAACUACAACCGUAUUACUAUAGUGGAGAACUCCUACAAACAGAAGGAGGCGCUGUGGAACCAGAUUGUUCAAGUUAUCAAGACGUCGGCGCCCGAAAUUAACGCCAGCUCACUGAGUUUCUUCCUGGUGAUGCCGGUGCAGCGCAUCGCCCGCUACCCUUUACUCCUGCAGACCAUCCAGAAGCACACGGAUACACAGCACCCAGCGUACGCACUGCUGGAGCAGACGGCGCACACCUCCAUCGCCAUCAACUGCCGCAUCAACGAAUACAAGCGUUUCCGGGAAGUCGCCGACAAGUACAAGAAGAGUGAGACAUUGACCAUCAAAGAUAUGAUCAACCGCUUGAAUUCGCACAGCAUCGCUAAGAAAACAGCCAGAUUUGGACAGUUCAUCAAACACGAAACCGGCAUGGUUCCCAAGCUGGUGGAUGAAGAGUUUGAUGCGUUGGAAGGCUUUUUUACAGUCCUAGAGCACGGCAUCUUGCAGCUGCUGGACAACGUGGAGCUCUAUCUCUUCCACCUCCGGACGUUCCUGAACUGCAGAACAGAAGAGUUUGACCUGGACAUGGAUGGCGAGAAGGUGCCCAUUUGCUAUAAGGAAAUCACCAGCGGACUCCGGUUGUGGAUCUUGCCUGUAUUUGAGGAAAGAAUGAGGGAGUUGAUCCACAAGCCUUUGUGCGCACUCCGUGACCUCUUGGUGGGCCCAAGGAACCUGAUCCGUAAGAGACUGCACAAGCUGCUUGACUACGAAGUGAUCGAGGCUAAGACUUCCCUCAGCUAUGAUGAGCAGGCCAUCGCCAACACGUACAGGACGAUGAACACGUUGCUGCUUAACGAGCUUCCCAAAUUUAACGGCGUGGCGCUGCAGAUGAUUUGGAGCAUGCUAGGAACGUUCAGCUGCCUGCACAAAGACCUGGCUUCUGACUUGGAGCAGCUUUUCCAGAGCUUUGCCCAACAGCUUCCGCACAGCUCUUUAGACGCCGCUGCAUUUUGGGAGUGGGCCGACAAAGCGGUACUUGAAGGGGCGAGGGCCCUUGACACUUUAGGUCGAGGUGUGGAAGAGACGCUCCUGGGGCCUGCUUCUCAGCCCCUGAACUCGUCCUUGCAGCAGCGACUCCAGCAGCUGAUGGUCAAGCACAGCUCAGACAAGAUCUAUCAAGUGACAGCCGCCGUGGUAGGCACCCGAGAAAUGAACCUCAGCCUCGCUAAGGGUGAGCUCGUGGCCGUCAUCAGCUACGCGGACACCCGCGGAGACAGACGCAGGUGGCUUGUGGACGCCGGGGGAAGACGAGGCUACGCACCAGCCUACAGGUUGACCCGCUAUCACCAGGCGGAGGAGAUGCCGCCGCCCUCGCCUCACCUGAGCAUCCCGCAGCCCGCCGGAAGUGUCAGGAGACACUCGGACACGACGGACAUCCCGCAUACGACAACAAUGGCGGCAACAUUCAGCCAGCCGUGCUUCCAGGUGUAUGCGGCGUACAGCUUCACGGCGCGAGGGAACCAUGAAGUCACAGUGGUGGCGGGCGAACCGGUGCGUGUCCUUGAGCCUCAUGACAAGCGGGGCAACCCAGAGUGGAGCCUGGUGGAGGUACGCGGUCGGCAGAGGGGCUACGUGCCUUCCAACUACCUCGCCGUAGCGCUCGCCGUCACUCAUCCAACUAGUAUGAUGGCAUCCACAGAUUAG